UGCACAGUAGCAUCAGGAAGGCCCUGCCCCAAUGCCUGAGAUCUGGGCUGGAAAAACAGUUCCUGAUGUGACUCCCAGCGCAGAGCAAAGAGCAGCACUCACACCCUCUCUGCUCCGCUCCUGCACAGCCUCCCAUGUACAUAGCUGCUGGGCAAACUCUUCUGUGCCAGGGGAAAGAAAACCGGGCACCCUUCAUAUGCCUGGACCUAAGAGCUUGUCACCCUCAUCUCUCCCAGGAAUCCAGGGUGCCAGGGAGGAGGGCACAGCACCUUAACUACAAUACGAUUAACUGCUGGAUACUCUCCUCACCAUCCGGAAGAGCGAGACGUGGGCACCUUCUACUCUGGGAGACACAUUUGCUGGAGAACUGUGACUUGGGCACCUUUGCCAGGGGACUAAUACUUGGCACUGUCUCUUUGUUACAGGGCACAGACUUGGGCACUUCCUUCUGCAACGGCACCUUCUCCUGAGAUCUGGGCACAAUUUAUCAAAACAAGACUGGAAAAUAUUUUCUGCGCCAGUGAAGGGUUGGGCAUAGUCUUAUAUCAUUUAGGACUUGGCCCUCUGUUUUAUGCCAGUAGGGCAAUCAUUCCUCUGCAGAGAUUCAUCAUUGCAAAGCAGUGAAUUCAAGUGGAAGCCGAUCUUACUGCACAGGAUUAACAGCUGGGCAUCCGCAUACAAGACUGGCACAAGGGCACAGAUAACGGAGCUUUUUUCUGAUCCCCUGGACAAAGAGAAAGGCAUUAUCAGUGGUGCCAAGGGUAAGUUGAAGGGUGUUCUUACUGGUGCCCACGGAAAGGAGAGGGCUAUUUUCAUUGGUGCCCAGGAAAAGGUCAUUCUUUACGUUGCCUGGGGGAGAGAAGGGCAUUUUCAGUGGUGCCCAGGACAAAGAAAAGGGCAUUAUCAUUGGGACAAAGAAUAAAGUAUUGUCAGUGGUCCCUAAGACUUGAAUCUGGGCAUCACCAGGGAUAAGAUCCAUAAGAUUAGGGCACCCUAUCUUCAGGAGGCUUACAUAUAUCUCUGCCAAGGAGAAAGACUGGCACUGACUGUCAGGGACCUACCACAGAGCACUUUACCCUUGUCACUGCCACUGGGCAUUAACAGUGAGCAUUAAACAGAGAGAUCUUUAGUGCCCCUCACUGCAUGCCAAGCGGAGGAAUCACCCACAGGACCUCUGAUCAUGAUGAGUAGAUAGCACCCUACACAAUGACCAUGGCUCCCAGGAAAAGGAGUCGUCAUGCCCUUGGGUUCCUUUGCUGCUUCGGGAGCAGUGAACACCCUGAAAUCAACCUCAAGGACAACAAUCCGCUUCAUUUCAUGGAAUUUGCUGGGCCAAUUCCCUCGGCUGAGGAGCUCAAUGCCAGGUUCUCCGAACUAGUGGAUGAACUGGAUCUCACAGAAAAAAACAGAGAGGCCAUGUUUGCUCUUCCCCCAGAGAAAAAAUGGCAAAUCUACUGCAGCAAGAAGAAGGAACAGGAGGACCCAAACAAGCUCGCGACCAGCUGGCCUGAUUAUUACAUCGAUCGCAUCAACUCCAUGGCGGCGAUGCAGACACUGUAUGCCUUUGAUGAAGAGGAUACAGAAAUGAGGAAUAAAAUAGUAGAGGACUUAAAGACGGCAUUAAGGACCCAGCCAAUGAGGUUUGUAACAAGGUUUAUUGAGUUAGAUGGCCUGACCUGUCUGUUGAACUUCCUGAAGAGUAUGGACUAUGAAACCUCAGAGAGUCGAAUACACACAUCCGUUAUAGGAUGUAUCAAGGCACUUAUGAAUAAUUCCCAGGGACGCACCCAUGUUUUGGCCCAUCCUGAGAGCAUCAACAUCAUCUCCCAGAGCUUACGGACAGAGAACUUCAAGACCAAGAUCGCUGUCCUUGAGAUUCUAGGAGCUGUGUGCUUAGUCCCAGAUGGGCACAAGAAGGUGCUUCAAGCCAUGUUACAUUACCAAGUCUAUGCUUCAGAACGAACGCGAUUCCAGACCCUGCUGAAUGAGUUGGACAGGAGUAUUGGCAAAUACCGGGAUGAAGUCAACCUCAAAACUGCAAUAAUGUCCUUUAUCAAUGCUGUUCUGAAUGCAGGUGCCGGAGAGGAUAAUUUAGAAUUCCGGUUACAUCUUCGGUACGAGUUCUUGAUGUUGGGAAUACAGCCUGUCAUUGACAAGCUGAGGCGGCAUGAGAAUGCAACGUUGGACAGGCAUUUAGAUUUCUUUGAAAUGGUGAGAAAUGAAGAUGAAAUUGAAUUGGCCAAAAGGUUUGAAACGAUCCACAUAGACACCAAAAGUGCCACACAGAUGUUUGAACUUGUUAAGAAGAAAAUGAAACAUACAGAUUCCUAUCCCUACUUGUUAUCUAUACUCCAGCACUGUUUACAGAUGCCAUAUAAGUGGAAUGGUAGCACUAUCCAACACUGGCAACUUCUAGAUAGAAUAUUGCAACAAAUUGUUCUACAGGAUGAGAAAGGAGGAGAUCCCGAUGUUGCACCACUAGAAAACUUCAAUGUCAAAAACAUCAUUAAGAUGUUGGUGAAUGAAAAUGAAGUGAAACAGUGGAGAGAACAAGCAGAGAAGUUCAGGAAAGAGCACACAGAGCUGAACGGCAGGUUGGAGAAAAAAGAAAGGGAGUGUGAGAUAAAGACACAAGAGAAGGAAGAGAUGAUGAAGACAUUAAAUAAGAUGAAAGACAAAUUGCAGAAGGAAUCAUCAGAGCUACGGCAGGCGCGGGAUCAUAUGACUGAUCUCAUGUCCCAGCUUAAUGAACUCUCGAAUGCCGGAGCCCUUUCAUUCUCCCCUCCACCUCCCCCACCACCUGGUGGACCAUUCAUUCUUCCUCCACCUUUACCUGAGAACUUGCCACCCCCACCACCUCCUCUGUACUUCCCUUCUUUCCCACCACCACCACCACCUCCUCCACCACCACCAGGAGGACCACCUCCUCCCCCAGGAGCUCCUCCCUUUUUCAGCAUGGGUAUGCAAGCCCCUCCUCUCACCACUUUUAACUGUGGCACAGGUUUGAGAAAGAAAUCCAUUCCUCAGCCUUCCCAUCCACUGAAGUCCUUCAACUGGUCCAAGCUGAAUGAGGAUAAAAUCAAUGGAACCAUCUGGAAUGAAAUUGAUGACAUCCAUGCUUUCAAGAUGUUGGACUUGGAUGAGUUUGAAAGAAUGUUUUCAGCUUACCAACGGCACCAGGAUCUGCUAAAUAACACCACUCUCAAGCAGAAAGAAAUGGACUCAAUGGAGGAUCUUUACGUCUCCACGCGCAAAGUCAAGGAGUUGUCUGUCAUUGAUGGACGAAGAGCACAAAAUUGUGUCAUCCUCCUCUCUAAACUCAAGUUGUCAAAUGAAGAAAUCAAGAGAGCCAUUAUGGAAAUGGAUGAGCAGGAAGACCUCCCAAAAGACAUGUUGGAACAGCUACUGAAAUUCGUUCCUGAGAAGAGCGACGUUGACCUCUUGGAAGAGCACAAGCAUGAAAUAGACCGAAUGGCUCGGGCAGACCGAUUCUUGUAUGAAAUGAGCAGGAUUGAUCACUAUCAGCAGCGACUUCAAGCUUUGUUUUUUAAGAAGAAGCUGCCAGAAAGAUUUGCAGAAACCAAACCCAAAGUUGAAGCCUUACUGCUGGCAUGCAAGGAGCUGAUGCGAAGCAAGCAGCUAAAGCAACUGUUCGAGGUGGUCUUGGCAUUUGGAAAUUACAUGAACAAAGGUCAAAGAGGCAAUGCAUUUGGAUUCAAAGUUGCAAGCUUAAACAAGAUAAUAGACACCAAAUCCAGCAUAGAUAGGAACAUAACCCUGUUGCACUAUUUAAUUAUGAUAUUUGAGAGGACAUACCCAGAUAUACUGAACAUCCAGACUGAGCUUCAGCAUCUUACAGAUGCAGCUAAAGUCAACUUGGUGGAACUGGAAAAGGAAGUUGGGAAUAUCAAGAAAGGACUGAGAGCUGUAGAGUCAGAACUUGAAUAUCAGAAGCACCAGUACAGAGAGCCAGAUGACCACUUUGUACCAGUCAUGAGCGACUUUAUCACCGUGGCCAGCUUCAGCGUUUCCGAACUAGAAGAUUUGCUUAGUGAAGCACGAGAAAAGUACACCAGGGCGAUGAAGCAUUUCGGAGAAGUAGAAGGCAAAAUGCAGCCGGAUGAGUUCUUUGGAAUCUUUGACACCUUCCUGCAGUCAUUUGCAGAGGCCAAACAAGACCUGGAGAACAUGAGGAAGAAAAAGGAGGAAGAGGAGCGUAGAGCUCGUAUGGAAGCUAUGCUGAAGGAACAACGCGAGAAAGAAAGACGACUAAAGAAGGCCAAAGCUGACAGCACCUCAGAAGAGACUGGAGAGUUUGACGACCUUGUGUCUGCCUUGAGGUCUGGCGAAGUGUUUGACAAGGACUUAUCCAAACUCAAGAGGAACCGCAAGCGUUCAGGGAAUCCGAUAUUGGACAGUAGUAGAGAGCGAGCCGUGACAAAGCUUAAUUACUAAGGAAGAGGUUUCAAAGAACCAGAACAUAGGGCUACUGCCUCAGGGUCACCAGCGAGUGGGGUUCUUGUGGGGUGACAAACUUUAUUGGCUUGUGAAGGAAUCACCUACAAGGAGUCUGUCGGUUCCAGGAAAGUGAAGAACUUCCAGAUAAGAAGCAGAUAACGUGGGAAUGUGUAUCGGACUCACUGCAAUCAUGCUUUAUAAAGUGCCAAGUCAUUAUUUGCACUCAUUUGACACAUUUCAGAAAUAAUAAUAACACGUAGACUUAUUUAGCCAAGUCAACUGCCUUCCCGCAUAAAGACUGGCAAGAUUCCACCGUCACAGACUGAAAUAAAAAUAAUUAUAGAGCGAUUUUGUGGUUCUGCACCAGAAAGGGUCAGGCUUGAGACUUGGACAUGCCUCACACUGCUGUCAACUUUAUGCCCAACACUCUUGCUGGAUACUCCAACCUCCAAAGGGUAUAGAGUGUUCCCCGCUGCAGUCGCUCUUAACUGACCUUAGUCCAAAUAUAAGUCUUGUAGAAUGUCACAAACACAGUUUUUUUUGAGUUUCAGAAUUCCAGGACUCCCUCCAGUUUCUAAAAGCUAAACAUACAAACCACUGUGUGAUUACAAAAUGGGUCGCACUUUUCACCCUUUCAUAAUGCUGCCAUGUUUAAAACUGGCUCAGCAGAUGCUUUUUUCCCGGGGUCAGCGUGCAAACCCUUCUGGCGGGCCAAAGAAAAGCACAAAAUGUAACAGAGGAGAAACGGAAACAGAGGAAUCAUCAGAUUCUGGGCCUAAAUUCUAUCAUGGGCACGUGCCAAAUUUUAUUUCCCAUAGAACUACAUUUCAUAAUUGGAAAACAAAGUAUUUGAUUGAGAAUAAAUGAGAACCCUCCAAUGGGGACCCAAGAACAUUGGAUUACAUGCCAGUGUCUACAA